AUGGACCGCGCCAGUCAAGUCCUUUCCGAUUGUCUCCCCGGAUCUCGGCCUUGCACCUACCGUGGUCUAGCAACACAAGGCGCUGUCGCUUACGCUACCAUGUGGCAUCGAGCCCACGGACGGCGCUCCAUACAAGACAAGGCGAAAAGCCAACAGUGUCUAACGCCGGCGGAAGAAAAGGCUCUCGCCCAGUAUUUGAAUUUGAAACGAUCAGCCAAUCCGGGAUAUCCUGUUCUCUUGAAAUAUCUCCGAUCCAUGGCGUUCAGUAUCCGACGUCGACGCUCACCAGCGGAUUCAGUCGAUGCAGAUCUUAAGCUCCCGGACAAGAAUUGUCCAAAGGCCUUCGAGGAAAAACAUCAGUGCUCAAGCCAAGAAAGGUCAAAGCGGUAG